AUGGCGUCUCGGCGCGUCUUUACACCCAUGUUGGCUUUGCCACUGAGCAGUAGCUAUUAUUGUGGAUGCGCCGUGGGAGUUGGUUUUCCACCUGCAGGCAUUCGAGUAUCGCGUACUGCAGUGCUGGGGUUAACAUCAUGGAAGCAUUUGUGUUAUGAUAAUAAUAGUAUCCAUCACCCUAUUCUCUCUUCUUCUCGAACUUUUGUUAACUUGGCAGAUAGAAAAAAAAUGACGUCACCAGAAGAAAUGUCUGAAAGUCUUAAGCUUAUUGUUGGAUUGGAUGAUAAGAAUGCGAAGGAUUUAUCCACAAAACCAGAACGUGUGGAAGAUCUUCUUGGCUUCUUUAAAAGUCAAGAUAUAACCCCUGAAUCUCCUCGUGAACAGAAGGUUAUGCUAUUUAAUAUAUGGACCAAAGUCAAGAACCUUAAUCAUCGUGAUUUUGUCGCUAGAUAUGUGAAGAAUAUGAAACUUGAUUCCACACAAAAAGUUGAUGCUGCUAUAAGGUUUGUAAGUGCUAUAAAAAAUACUGAUGCAGUUGAUACUGAAAAAUUUGAAAAGGAAUGUGGAGUCGGUGUAGUUAUUACCCACGAUGAAACAGUACGUCUUGUGAAGACUGCUCUGGAAGAAGAAGACCUAAAGUCACUUAAGGUGUCAUGGAUGAAGAAUCCAAAUAUGAUGCUCGGUAAGAUGAAACGUGUACCAGGACUUCAAUGGGCAGAUAUUAAUGUUGUAAAGUCAACUCUUGAAGAGUUGGUUCCACCUAUGAUUAAGGAUGUUGUUAUUGAAGAGACUGGUUCAAAGACAAAACAUAAGGAUCCUGUUGCAGGAACAUCAAAUACUACUGGUGCUGCUGCAACAAUACGAAAAUGUCCUCGAAAUGAAAACUGGAAGCUUAUCGCAAAUGGACUUACACGUAGUAAAAUCAGUGAUCUUCCAUCAUGUAAGGAAGGUACAAAAGUAUAUGUGAUUGGAUGGGCCCAUCGAGUUCGUCAUCAAUCUCGUAUUUCUUUUGUAGAGUUACGUGAUGGUUCUGGUUUUAUUCAAGUGGUAUUUGAGGGAGCGACAGAGCCUUUUCAUCGUGAAACAUCACUUGCUAUUCGUGCUACAUUAAAGUAUGAACCUAAAGCAAAGGUGGAUUUACAACCACCAUAUGAACUUCAUGUGGAAGAGUAUGCUAUUAUUGGAAAUUCUGAUGGUAGUAUUGAAAAUAUCAUUACUGCAGAAAGUUCUCCUGAUAAACUUUUGGACGAUCGCCAUUUGGUGGUUCGUGGAACAUAUGGAUCUACAACGUUAAAGGUUCGUCAUGAAGUUCUUCGUGCUUUCCGUGAAUACUUUUGGUCAUUGGAUAUGUCUGAAGUGACACCACCUACACUAGUUAAUACACAAUGUGAAGGAGGAUCUACACUUUUUGAUGUUAUGUAUUAUGGGAAAAAUGCCUACCUUACACAAUCUUCACAGUUGUACCUUGAAACAUGUACCUCUGCCUUAGGUGAUGUUUAUUGUAUUCUUCCCAGUUACCGUGCUGAAAAAUCCAAGACAAGACGUCAUUUAAGUGAAUAUACACACCUUGAAGCUGAAUAUGCCGUAUGUAACUAUGAGGAUCUUUUAUCUCAUCUUGAAGAUCUUCUUGUGGAAGUUUUUAACCGUGUUAUUAAGCGUGUUGGUCAUCUUGUUGCCUUUAUGAACCCUGGAGAGUUGGUGGAUGCAUCAGCAGACCCUUGUGAUCCAAAGAGCUGGAAGUUUGCACCUAAAAAACCAUUUAAACGUCUCAGGUAUGGAGAUGCCAUUAAAUUCUGUAAUGAAAAUGGUAUUAUAAAUCCAGAAACAAACGCUCCAUUUCAAUUUGGUGAAGAUAUCACUGAUCAGCCAGAGCGGGCGAUGGUGGAGAAGAUUGGUGAGAUUGUCUUUAUGACUCACUUCCCUGCAGUAAUGAAGUCUUUCUACAUGUCUCGGGAUGAACACGAUCCAACCCUCACAGAGUCUGUGGAUAUUCUUGUACCUGGUGUGGGUGAGAUUGUGGGUGGCUCUAUGCGUAUGUGGGACUAUGAUGAACUCCUGCAGGCCUAUCAGCGUGAGGGACUCGAUCCCAGUACAUACUACUGGUAUACAGAUCAGCGUAAAUUCGGCUCUACUCCUCACGGUGGAUUUGGUUUGGGCGUGGAGCGAUUUCUGGUGUGGCUGCUCAAUCUCGGCUCUGUGCGGGAGGCCUGUCUGUUCCCACGAUACAUGGGCAGGUGCGAGCCGUAG